CUCUAUUCAUAUAGUAGAACAAAUCCACAGGAAUAGGAUAGACUAGGGAAAUAUUAAAUAUGCCACAAUACGAGAAUUUGGAGGACGGAAACAUGGAGAGGGUUUAUGGCCAAGGCGAUGGUGACGGCGAGGGUGAUAGUAACACCAGCAGUGAUGAAUCCUCCGUCGUCGAUGAGGGUCCAACCUAUUACAGUUGUUCGGUGUGUUUGCGCACGGCCCGCAAUCCUCAGGUCAAUUUUUGCGGUCAUCAUUUUUGCGCACGUUGCAUUGCCAAUUGGAUAUAUACUCGUGGAUCCCGGGCAAAUUGUCCUUAUUGUUUGUCACGCAUUGGCGAGAAUACACUAAUAUCUAUUCGUUACUCGGAGAGCUUGUGGUACUCGAAUAGGCUUCCCAACAGUCGUUCGUUGGAGGAACAUCGCCGGAUGCUAUUGCAAGGAGCCGAAUACAUCAAAGAGGGUCCAUAUCUACCAUCUGCUGGAAUGUUCAACAGUGGUUAUGUCGAGUAUCCACCGCAGCCGUUGAUGCGUCUAAAGCCGCUGGCACCUCAGCUCCUGCGUCAGGAGAAGAGUCUGCCCAUUCGACGUCAAUUUGUGGAUCACACCUGGGGCCAACGUAUCAUGAUGCUAAUGAUAAUGAUUUUCCUGUUGGGCAUGUGCCAUAUAGGUACCCUACGGGUAUAAUUCCAUUCGGCUUGGACUAGCAUAACCCAUCAAUGGACAAUUAUUUCUAAAUUCCAACAUUGAAAUCCAAAAUUACUCAGAUUGUUUUCCAACUCCUCGCACUUUCUCUACGUCCUUUAUUAAAAUAUGCUCAAGCCAUUCAUAUAA